GGCGUGGCGGCCACAGGCGGACGGCUGGCUCUGAGCGCGGGCGCGGGGCCGCUACGUGCGCGGGGAGCGCGGCGCUGCGUUCGUGUGCGCUCCUGGGCGCUCGCCGCCGCCGCUGCUGCCGCCGCUGCCGCUGCCGCGCGCCUUUGAGUCAGCAAACUCCGCGGUCCGCAAGCCCGGCCCGGCCCGGCCCUGCUCUGCUCUGCCCGGAGGAGCCGCCCGGAGCAGGUGUUAAAUCUAAUGAGCUUACGUACCAAGUUGGUUUAAAGAACAAUUGACAACCCCAGAGACAUUCAGGGCCUGGAAUCAAACAACAGGCUGGCUGCACUGCUCAGAAGAUUGAUCGUGUCCUGUGCUGAAGAUGUUUCCGGAACAACAGAAAGAGGAAUUUGUAAGUGUCUGGGUUCGAGAUCCUAGGAUUCAGAAGGAGGACUUCUGGCAUUCUUACAUUGACUAUGAGAUAUGUAUUCAUACUAAUAGCAUGUGUUUUACAAUGAAAACAUCCUGUGUACGAAGAAGAUAUAGAGAAUUCGUGUGGCUGAGGCAGAGACUCCAAAGUAAUGCGUUGCUGGUACAACUGCCAGAACUUCCAUCUAAAAACCUAUUUUUCAACAUGAACAAUCGCCAGCAUGUGGAUCAGCGUCGCCAGGGUCUGGAAGAUUUCCUCAGAAAAGUCCUACAGAAUGCACUUUUGCUUUCAGAUAGCAGCCUUCACCUCUUCUUACAGAGCCAUCUGAAUUCAGAAGACAUUGAGGCAUGUGUUUCUGGGCAGACUAAGUACUCUGUGGAAGAAGCAAUUCACAAGUUUGCCUUAAUGAAUAGACGUUUCCCUGAAGAAGAUGAAGAAGGAAAAAAAGAAAAUGAUAUAGAUUAUGAUUCAGAAAGUUCAUCCUCUGGGCUUGGACACAGUAGUGAUGACAGCAGUUCACAUGGAUGUAAAGUAAAUACAGCUCUGCAGGAAUCCUGAAAAAUAAUUCUAAUGUUACUAACUUAGGAAUAGCAAAUUAUGUCCAGUCAUAGAGAAGAAAGCUUCAUAAUAAUACAUUCUUACCUAAAGCUCACUGUCAUGAUGUUAGGUAUUUAAAUUCUUAAAGAUGUUAGGUUGUUUAUUAGUGGUAUUUUUAUGUUGUCUUAUUUUAGGUAAGCUUCUGUGUAAAGCUAAAAAUCCUGUGAAUGCAAUACUAUCCUUUACAGGCAGACAUUAUUGGUAAACAAGAUCUUGCCCUCCAAUGAAAUGACUUACAUGUUUUAAAAAACCUAGCUGGUUUUAUUGAAUUUAAAAAGAUAGGUAACUAAGUAGCAUUUAAAAUCAAGAUAGAGUAUUCCUUCUUGUAUCAGUGGGGCAGUGUUACCGUAAACACGGUGUAUAUGUUGUUAAACCCUAUGAAGAGUAACAGUGUAGACCAGACUGCCUCUCUCAGACAUGUGGCUGAUAUUUUGUGGAUACCUCCCGUGCACUGGCAAAACACUAUGCUUUUGGGUGUUAGACUGAAAUAUUUUGAGUAUUUAAUCUUUCCAGUAUUCUGUUUCACGCUUAGAUGGAAAUGUAUCUUAUGAAUAGAGACAUAUUAAAAUAAUGUUUACAUCUUAGAAAAAACAUAGAUAGUGCUAGUAAUAUGACUUAUAAUUGCAAUAUAUAGAUUCAGAAAUACAUUUUCAUUGUCCAAAAUCAGCUUCAACAAAUGGUUUCUGGAGACAAAUAAUUUGUUUUCAUUAUCAUUGUAUAAUCAGGUUAAUGAUUUAUUUUUUGACUAAAUGUGAAAUUUCUUAUCACUAGAUAACUUUCAGUAUCAGUGGUGGUUACUUAUUACUUAAAUCAGAGGAAGGAUCUUAUAAAGAUUAAUAAAUUUAAUUUUACCAAUAAAUAUUCCCAUAAUUUAGAAAAGGAUGUUGACUUGCUAAUUUCAGAAAUAAUUAUUCAUUUUUAAAAAGCCCCUUCUUUUAAAGUAUCUACUUGAAGAUUGGUAUAAUUUUCAUAAAAUGUCUUUUUUUUUAGUGUCCCAAAGAUAUCUUAGAUAAACUAUUUUGAAGUUCAGAUUUCAGAUGAGACAACAUUUUCUUGAGAUAAUUACCCAAGUUUCAUCCAUGUUGAAUGGUACAAAAUAUUUCUGUGAAACUAACAGGAAGAUAUUUUCAGAUAACUAGGAUAACUUGUUGCUUUGUUAAACCCAGCCUAAUUGAAGAGUGGCAGAGGCUACUACAAAAAGCAACCUUUUCAUUUUCACUAGGAGUUUAAAGCUAUUGUAUUAUUAAAAAGUCUUUACAAUGCUUGUUUCAAAGAACCAACAGAAAAAAAAGCUAAGAAAACUAAGAACUAACAUUUAAAAAAUUAAAUUUAGAAUAAGAAUGAGUUCUUUAAUUUGUCCUUUUUUUCUUUGGUCUAAAACAUUAUUAAAUUUUUGUAAAUAUUUUGAUUUAAUGUGUCUUAGAUCCUCAUUAUUUUAAUACAGGAAAAGAAAAGAUUUAAUAAUUUCUUACCAUUCUAAUAUGUAAAGUUUAUGCCAUCCAGGCAUUUAAGAGCGAUCCUCAUCCCUUCAGCAAUAUGUAUUUGAGUUUACACUAUUUCUGUUUUACAGCAGUUUUGAAAAACAGAUACUAUGCCACCAAUUGUCAUAUUAUUUUUAGAUGAUGUAACAUAGCCAUCAAAAUUAAUAUUAAGUAAUGCCUAAUACUUAGUAUGUAAAUGUCAUGAGAUCAUUUUUACAUUAAACGUGAAAAAAAAUCAA